GAUUGCGUAACGCCAGAGAGGAAAACCAAACUCACCAUCGCCGAAAACAAGGAGCUUCUCCCUCUUUCCGGUCGCGACCUGAGCCAGAAGGGGCAGCAGGUUGUAGGGAACACCCUGAGGGUCUUCACCCAUGAUGCCGCUGGGGUGGGCGCCCGCAGGGUUGAAGUAACGCAGCAGGGCUCCGUUCCACUUCUCGGCCUCAUCAGCCUUUCCGGCCUUGGUGAGGUUGUUGCGCUGCGCGUUGAUGAAGUCCGUGAUGGCCGUCUCAACAACGAACUUGGUGUUUCCGUAGGGGUUCGUGGGGCCCAGGGGGCACUCCUCGGGGAUGGGGAUCAUGUUCGAGAAGCGCGUCGCGUCACCAUAGACAGUGGCAGAGCUGGAGAAGACAAUGUUGGUGACAUUGUGGCGCUGCAUAGCGCGGAGCAGGUUGAUCGAGCCGUAGACGUUGACAUGGUAGUAGUCGAGCGGCCUCUCGCCGGACUCGCCGACAGCCUAGCAGAUCUCCGUUCAGCACCAAAAACCCAAACACACAGCCCCAGAAUUAGGUUAUAG